AGGAUGAGAGAGUGAGGCACUUUAAAGCCCUAAAGAACCCCAUAGAAGACUUAAAAAAAAGAUCCUGCUAAAGAUAAACAAAAUCCUGAGGGGAUUUGGUUUAGCCAGGCUAUCCAUUAUAGAAAUAUGAUAUGCCCAUUCUAUGCUAAGGCCUGGAACCAAAUAGAAAUAUUCAAACACUCCUGCAACAUAAGUGUCUACCUUAUGAUCAAGAGAGGCUGUCGACAAUGACACAUCAUUCAUAUCAAAAUUAUCAUUAUUAGAGUUUACUAAAAGUUUGAAUAUAAAGAAAAUCAUUUUAUAGUUAUUUGAUAUAUAAUAACAUGUGAAAAUCAAUUAGAAUAUGAAUCCACAAAACCUUAAAUAUUGAAGAAUUUUAAAUUGCUAUAAUUAAUUCUCCAUACCUUAAUUUGUGCAAUUAAGCCCU